AUGACUCUGGGCAUCGUGGAACACCACGCCAUGGUGGGCAUGGACAACAACAAUGUGGAGCCUCUUAUGCCGCGAUGCACCGUACAAUUGGAGUUCUCCAAUAUCAAAUGCUCCAUAAACACCUUCUCGAUCCACAAAAUGAGAUUGGAAACAAAACACAUACUUAAAGGCGUGAAUGGAUGCUUUAAGCCGGGAGAGCUGACAGCUAUCAUGGGUCCAUCCGGAGCAGGCAAGACCACUCUAUUGAAUAUUCUCGCCGGAUACUCUACUAAAGGUGCAAAAGGUGAAAUCAAGAUCAACGGUACACCGACAUGCGCCUCCCAAUCGACGAGCCGUGGCGGCGCGCGCUACAUCCGCCAGCAAGAUGACCUCCGUGUCCAUCUCACCGUAUACGAAUCCAUGUCUCUAGCGGCCGCUCUUAAACUGGCCGACUUCUCACCGCACGAGAGGAAAGAGAAAGUUUACGAGAUUCUGGCUCUGUUGGGGCUCAGUGCAGCAGCCCAAACUCUCUGUCGUGACCUCUCGGGGGGUCAACGACGAAGGUUGGCCGUUUCUUUGGAGCUACUGUCUGAUCCCUCCUUAUUAUUCCUCGACGAGCCAACGACGGGCUUGGAUUCAUCAGCAUCGACAUCCCUUAUCUCUUUAUUGAAUGGCUUAGCCCGCGGAGGGAGGACUUUGAUAGCGACCAUCCACCAACCUUCUGCGUUGCUCUUCGAGAGGAUUGAUUCAGUAUACUGCCUAGCAAACGGGCGGACAUUAUAUUCAGGAUCGAGAACGCAACUUAUACCAGCCUUAACGAGCGCUGGCCUGCGUUGCCCACCGUACCACAACCCUGCUGAUUUCUUAAUGGAAGUGGCGUCCGGAGAGUACGAAGUCGAUCUUGUGAAGGUGGCGAAAACCAUGGUCCAUUUUAAGUCUGAGCCCGCUGCUGCUUCUAGUUUGGAAGAUUUACCCACCGCACCGUCUUUAGCUAACCAUCUAAGUUUUAAUGACGAGCUAAAACAAAAGCCUCUACAAAGCAACGCUAAAUAUCAAAGAAGUUACUCAAAGAACAUUUACAGACCGUCCGGCAAUAUUCGUCAAACCUGGAUUCUACUUUAUAGAAACUAUUUAAUGACGACGAGGAAUUAUUCGCUAUUUAUGUACAGAGUGGCAGCCCACGUGGUGAUAGCUCUCAUCUUCGGUUAUUUGUACUCUGGAGUGGGAAGCGAGGCGAGCAGUGUUCUAGGAAACUAUGUCUAUUUGUACGGAUCGAUGCUUCUCGUCGUGUAUACUGGAAAAAUGUCGGUAACACUUUCGUUUCCGUUAGAGAUGGAUAUCCUGAAGGGUGAAUACUUCAAUCGCUGGUAUAACCUGGGUCCGUACAUCUUCUCAAUUCUAGCUGUCGAGUUACCAUUCCAGAUGAUUUCUUGCGUAUCGUAUGUUGUGCUUUCGUACUGGCUGACUGACAAUCCACUGGAACCGACUCGGGCGACUCUAUUCCUGGCUACCGUAGUCGCGACGUCGCUUUGUGCACAGGCGUGGGGCUACUUCAUCGGUUCCACUACACCCACAAAGAUCGCAGUAUUCAUAGGUCCAGUUCUGGCUUGCCUGUUCUCUGUGUUCGGCUUUUGCCUAGCCUUGUCGGAUACGCCCUAUCCGUUCCGUUGGUUGCACCACAUAUCUUACUUCAGGGCUGGGUUCCACGUGGCUGUUCACUCCGUAUAUGGCUUCAAUAGAACGAAAAUUCACUGUUCGAAAGAAUAUUGCCACUACAUCACACCGAGUAAGUUUCUCGUUGAAAUGGAUAUGGCCCACGUGGACGUUGGAGGAAACAUGGCACUAGUAUUGUCAACUACAGUUCUAAUGCACAUUUUGACUUGUGCCGCCCUCUGGUACCGGCUUAACAAGAGA